AUGAAUGAGCCGGCUGUGGUCGUGACUGUGGACCUGGAGUCAUCAGACCCAUCCACUGUGUCAGUUGUUUACAGAGCUUCUGCCAACCACGGCAACACACCCAAACCACGAAUGAGCCGGCUGUGGACGUGGCUGUGGACCCAGAAUUAUCAGACCCAUCCACUGUGUCAGUUGUUUUCCAAACAACCAGCAGCCAGAGGGAAGGAGACCCAGAAGGAAGUUGGGCGGGUGGCGGGUCUUGUCCGAAGCCCCCCGCAGGUGCGCGCCCAGGCUCAGCUGCCGUCUCAGCGUGGCACCCUGAUCUUUGUCACCCCGAGACUCCAGGAGUGGCCGGGGUCCCGUCCACCCUUCCCUCAGCCCGCCAGCCCUGGCCCCCUCGGACGACCUGCUAGACUGUCCCAUACUCCCUGUCUCCAAGUGGCCCGCAGGCUCCGAGUCCCCCACGCGCGUACUAACGCCCAGAUCUCAAGUUACCCGCAGCGGAAAGAGGUGGCGGUGAGGGGUGGAGGAGAGAGAAGAGCGCUUUACCGCGAUCCAGGACAGAGGCUGGGGUCACCGGCGCCUGCGUCGCUCGCCCUCGGCCGGCUGCUGGCUCUGCAGUCUCUGCCGAAGGUGCAGGGGACCGUCUCUGGGAGGGCGGCUGGGGAGGCGCGCGGGGGAGAAGGGCGGCAGGGCAGGUGGCCGCCCCGGGCAGGAGGAGCGGACCCCGCGGGGCAAGGGCGGCCGCGCAGGUGCCCCGGGGCGGCGGCGGGCAAUGCCACUACGCGUGGCCGCGUGCCUGGGAGAGGAGAGAGCCGGGGAGCAGGAGGCAGGACCCCCGCCCGCUGCAAGGCCGAGAGCCCGGUGAAUCCCGCGGGAACCAGGCGCCCGCUCCGCUCGCAGCCAGCUGCAGCGCCCACUGAAGCUGGUGGCCGUCACGCUCCUCCCUCCCACCCCGACGUCCAAGCCUCUGCUGCAGCAAGUGAGGAGACACCACAAUAAACGAAGAUGGACUUUCUGG